AUGUCCUCACUCGAAGCAUCUGCCAGGUUCUUCCAACAAGGCCGGUUCGCCGUCGUUGGCGCUAGCGCCGAUCCCGCCAAGUUUGGGAACAAGGUCUUCCGGUGGUACUUGGACCACAAGCUAUCGGUGGUUCCCAUUAAUCCCAGCACACCGACGAUUGAGAACCACACGACAGCAGCGAAACUCUCAACCCUCACGGAUCCCGCCUCCUACUCCGUGUCCGUCAUUACGCCCCCGAAGAUAACCAAGAACAUCAUCCAGGAAGCCGCCGAUCUGGGUAUCAAGAACGUGUGGCUUCAGCCGGGGGCCGAGUCGGAGGAAGCACUCGCGCUGGGCAGGGAGAAGGGGUUGAAUGUCAUUUCGGGUGGGCCGUGUGUGCUCGUUCAUGGGGAGGAGGCUAUCAAGGCUGCUUCCAAGCUGUAG